AUGAGAUUGUCAGCCAUUUUGACAAGUGGUGGAACUGCUUUAGCAGCUCUCUAUCCAAGGGUCUAUUAUAGUAAUAGCUCUCUGCCAUCUGCAAGCCAAAGCUCCUUUUGGGACCUCACUACAGUCACUCUGAAAACUACUGAUUCCCUUGGCUCUAGAACCACUUACACAUCUGAGGCUCUCGUUACAUUGACCACGUCCAGUUAUGGUGAUACUUUUACUGUUGUUGCUACGUGGUGUCCAUUGCCGGCAGUUUCGGUGACGUCAGUACCAGCCUCUGAUCUAUCGAAAGCUGACAGCUCUUCUUAUGUGACAACAGAGACAAGCACCUUCACAUCGGCAUUCCCUUCGACAGACGAAAGCAGUAGUAUAACCACUGUUUCUACCACAGGCACUCGCACAUACACCAUCACCGUCUGCGCAAGCUGCACUCGUCACCCCACCUCCGAAGCUGGAAGUUCCGGUGACACAUCCCACUCUCCAUCAGAAAGCCGAAGUUUCUUCACAGCUGGUUCUGCUGCGACUAUGAUGACAUCGUUUGAAUCAAGCAGUGAAAGUCGUUCCCCAAUCACUUCAGCUUUUGGCUCGAGCGGUUCCACCUUGAGUGUCUCGACAUCAGACGCUACCAGGUCAUCGCGCACCACCUCGACUUCGUCUACGGGUGUUUCAUCAUCCAGCGUCUCUUCUGUACCUUCGUCUUCGACAUCACAAACCUCAGCAACAACUUCACAGACAAUCAGCACGAUCACAACAAGCACUGUGAAUAGUGCUAGCUCCACUAUUGCAACGACAUUUGAAGCUACACCUUCAUUGAUUACAGCUACUUCUGGUGGUACGAUCACGGUGUUCACGACUUGGUGUCCUUUGACGACAACUCCAACUUCCACAAGUCAGACAAUCAGCAUCAUUACAACGAGCACUAUCACAACGAACACUGUUAACAGUGCCAGCUCCACCAUUGCAACGACAUUUGAAGCUACACCUUCAUUGAUUACAACCACUUCUGGUGGCACGAUCACUGUGUUCACGACUUGGUGUCCUUUGACAACAACACCAACUUCUACGGGUCAGACUAUCAGCACUAUCACAACAAACACUGUGAAUAGUGCUAGCUCCACCAUUGCAACGACAUUCGAAGCUACACCUUCAUUGACUACAAUAACUUCCGGGGGCACUACCACUGUGUUCACAACUUGGUGUCCUUUGACAACAACACCAACUUCCACAAGUCAGACAAUCGGCAUCAUUACAACGAGCACUAUCACAACGAACACUGUUAACAGUGCAAGCUCCACCAUUGCAACGACAUUCGAAGCUACACCUUCAUUGACUACAAUAACUUCCGGGGGCACUACCACUGUGUUCACAACUUGGUGUCCUUUGACAACAACACCAACUUCCACAAGUCAGACAAUCGGCAUCAUUACAACGAGCACUAUCACAACGAACACUGUUAACAGUGCAAGCUCCACCAUUGCAACGACAUUUGAAGCUACACCUUCAUUGACUACAAUAACUUCCGGGGGUACUACCACUGUGUACACAACUUGGUGUCCUUUAGCGAAGAUGCCUAUGUCUUCCUCGGCAAUUAUUAGCACUGGUGCAACCACAGCCUCCGUCAGCAAGGUUGAAACGGGCACUCACAGCCAAUUCACAGCAGAAGCUUCUGAAUCUUCAAAAAAUACUCAGAGCCACUUUUCAACGGGAGUUGCCAGCCAAUCUUCGAGUGGAACUGGUGUCGCAUCUACGGCAAACUCUUUGAAAUCACAAAUAAGUCGCACAUCAGAAGUCGCUCCGAAACAUUCUUCUACUUCGCUUUCUCUUGCAACGGAUAUUCAGUCAGAGGGCAGCAAGACCUCAAGUGAGCCCCAAAGUUACACCACCUCAACUCUUGAAAUUUCCACUGUUACCUCCUCUUCAACAGAUCACACAACUACAUCAGUGCAUACGUUGAAGUUUACUACUACAGUUUGCUCAUCUGACAAGUGUCACACAACAAUCGUUUCCGGGACUGAAACGAGUGGCAAAGAAUCCAGUACUACACUCGAUUCCCUUCCUUUGUCAUUCGCUACACAGUACAGCUCACUACCUUCGGGUGUAACGUCUUCAGCAACGUCAUCGACAGAAAUAAUAACAGCCGAGUGCACAGAGCCUACGUGUAAAACAACCCUAGUCUCAUCGCACUCGCUUGAAUCACGUUCCGAGUCCGGAGUGCACAGUACGACUUCUUCGCCAACAACGAGUUUAACAGAAAACAUGCCUUGUUCUUCAUGCCCCACACGCUCGGAGUCGGAUUUAACGACGACUACAAGCCAAUCAAGCAUUGGUACUAGCUCAUCGCAAAUCUCUUCCACAUUUUCUAUUGUCACUUUUACGAGCAAUGGCAUCACUACUGAAUACACGACAUGGUGUCCACUCACCUCUUCCUCGGUUGCGGCACAUCAAACUACAACUAUGUCAGGUAGCUCCUCGAGUCGUCAAACGUCACCAUCAAGCACCUCUGUCUCAGGCAGUACAGCUACUACAAUUUCGGGUAGCUCCUCGAGUUAUCCACCGUCGCCAUCAAGCAUCUCUAUCUCAGGCAGUACAGCUACUACAAUUUCAGGUAGCUCCUCGAGUUAUCAACCGUCGCCAUCAAGCAUCUCUAUCUCAGGCAGUACAGCUACUUCAACCACGACAAAGGCAACUAGUACAUCAGGAACAGGUCCUAGAGUCUACACUGUUUCUACACUUACGUCGAGCCUUGAAAGUUCAUCUUCAAGUACUGCAUCUGCCAGUCUUGUCACCGGUGUCUCAUCUGCCUCAAUAAGUACUGUUCAAGUUGGUUCAGAAACAGCUACAACAACGAUACCUUCAGAAGCGACCACUCUUGUUACGCUCCCUACCUCGACAGAUUCCUCCAGAUCUUCAGUGACGACAAGUGUUGAAAGCAAAAGCAGCCUCGCGUGUACGACUUGCCUGAACUCUGAUGCUAGUAGUUCUAGUUCCUCUCCUGAAGCAAGUUUGACCUCCUCCGCAACAGUUGAUACAGAAAGCUGUACAUCUUGUGUGCCUUCCGCUACUACUACAAUGAGUAUCACCUUGAUCAGAACCUGUUCAACCUGCUCGCUAUUGUCUUAUGCCUCUCAGAUCGUUACAACAACGAGCAAUGGAAUCGUCACCGAGUAUACCACAUGGUGUCCCUUAUCAGGGUCCAGUACCAUCGCAGCUCGCUCAGGAUCGCCAAGUUCGCAGUCUGCAGCCUCAACUUCUACAGUUGAUUCUUCGAGCCCAGUUCAGACGGUUGUCACAAGCUCAAGAGCCACAACAUACAGCACAUCCUCGACUACCUUAGUGACCACUGUUUUACCAUUCACAUCAAUCUUAACCAGCAGCAAUGGCCAAUUAGUGACUGUCGUCAGCUCAAGAUCAACAGUAAUGCCAACUGUAACAACAAUGAUGAUCAGUACAAAGGUUCCUGUCUCCACGUAUUCCACUGAAGUGAUUGUGCAGUCGGCGUCUCAAUUAAGCUUCACAGCCAAAGUGACAACAGGCACACUAUCGUCGACGUGGGUCACCACUCCGGUUAUAACAACCUACCAGGGAGCCGCUAUUGGGAAGAGCUCUUUGUUUAACCGUUGGUUUAAUGCAUUGUCAGCGAUAGUAUUGAUGCUGUUGGUCUAG